GUCCCUAUAAAGCCGUCGGAGUGAGCCCUCCUGCCGUCGCUCCUCCUCCCGGUGUGAGCUGCUGUGGGUCUCUGUGCGCUUGUAGCGGCUCUUAAUCAGAUCCGCAUGAAGCCAGAGCUGCUCGGUUGGACCGCUGCUCGUCUGGGAAGUUUUGCAGAGAAAAACCAGACAAAAAAAACAAAAAACAAAAGUCGGUUUAACCUGCCCGCCUUCACUUUCACCUCCCAGGCCUCGGAGGACAGCAGCAGGGCGGGCGAACCGGGACCGGGCUCGUUAGAUUCAGCCGCUGUGCCGGUCCGAGCCGCCGCCGGAGUUUAACGCACAUUUUUCUUGUUUUGUGCGCCGAUGGAAGCGGAAAAACCGCCCUGCUCUCAGAGAGAUGCCCGGCAGUGAGAGGAAACCUUCCUUGCAGGAUUUAAGUGGCAAGACAUGUGAAUCGAGACAAACGAGGCGACCGAAAACGCUCGGCUGACUGACAAACCGGAGCAGUCGGACACAUUUUUUUGGAUGUCGUUCACCUACGACGGCUUUCUCCUGCCUGGAAGACGUCACAGAUAGCAGCCAAUGUCAGCAGAAAACAGCCCCCCGCCGCCCCCUCCGCCGGCCUCCCCGCGGGCUUUCUCCGCCCUCCAUCAGCAUGCAGCCCCACCCACCUUCCCUGAAUGCGGAUUUUUUGGGAUGUACGACAAGAUCCUACUCUUCCGCCACGACCUGAACUCGGACAACAUCCUGCAGCGUCUGACCUCAGCCGAGGAGAUCCAUGAAGGCGACCUGGUCGAAGUGGUGCUCUCCGCUCUGGCCACAGCCGAGGACUUCCAGAUCCGACCUCACACGCUGUACGUUCACUCUUACAAGGCGCCGGCCUUCUGCGAUGACUGUGGGGAGAUGCUGUGGGGGCUCGUCAGACAGGGCCUCAAAUGUGAAGGAUGCGGACUGAACUACCACAAACGGUGUGCGUUCAAGAUCCCCAACAACUGCAGCGGAGUGAAGAAGAGACGACUGUCCAACGUCUCCCUGCCGGGCGCCAUCAUGUCUGUUGCUCGUCCACCUUCCAUUGAGUUCACACCAACGCCGCCGGAGGAGCGCCCCCUCCUGGGUGCCGGGAAGCGUAACUCCCUGCUGAGCGGUCGUCCAAUCUGGAUGGAGAAGAUGGUCCUGGGUCGGGUCAAAGUCCCUCACACCUUCUCCGUCCACACCUACACUCGUCCCACCAUCUGCCAGUUCUGCAAGCGUCUGCUGAAGGGCCUCUUCCGCCAGGGGAUGCAGUGCAAAGAUUGUAAAUUUAACUGCCAUAAGAGAUGUGCGGCCAAAGUACCUCGAGACUGCCUCGGUGAGGUCGACUUUAAUGGAGAACCAGCCAGUCCCAGUCUGGACUCCGAGGCGACGAUGGAGGUGGACAACUGUGACGUCAACAGUGACGGCGGUCACAGCAUGGACGAGCAGGACGAACUGUCCACCCCCGACGACAAGCUCUUCUUCAUCGAGGGUCCCUGCACGGACGGUGAGAAGGAUGACGAGACGCUCAGAGCCAUCAGCCCGUGCACCAGCAGUAACAUCCCUCUGAUGCGUGUGGUUCAGUCCAUCAAACACACCAAGAGGAAAAGCUCCACAGUGGUUAAAGAGGGCUGGAUGGUCCACUAUACCAGCCGCGACAACCUGAGGAAGAGACAUUACUGGAGGCUGGACAGCAAGAGUCUGACUCUGUUUCAGAAUGAAAGUGGAGCCAAGUUUUACAAGGAGAUCCCCCUGUCCGAGAUCCUCCAGGUGGAGCCGGCACAAGACUUCGGCAGCCUGCCCCAGGGCAGCAACCCUCACUGCUUCGAGGUGAUCACAGACAACAUGGUGUACUACGUCGGGGAGAACAACGGCGGCCUGCACCACAACCCUGUUCUGGCGGCGACUGGCGUGGGGCGGGACGUCGGCCAGAGCUGGGAGAAGGCCAUCCGACAGGCGAUGAUGCCCGUCACUCCCAAAGCGAGCGUUUGCACGGGGCCCGGCCAGGGGAAGGUCCACAAGGAAUUAUCUAUCAGCAUAUCAGUGUCCAACUCCCAGAUACAGGAAAAUGUGGAUAUCAGUUCAGUGUAUCAGAUCUUUGUCGACGAGGUCCUCGGCUCCGGACAGUUUGGAAUCGUCUAUGGAGGUAAACACAGAAAGACUGGCAGAGACGUGGCGAUCAAAAUCAUCGACAAAAUGAGGUUUCCAACGAAGCAGGAGAGCCAGCUGAGGAAUGAAGUGGCCAUUCUCCAGAACCUUCACCACCCGGGGAUUGUCAACCUGGAGUGCAUGUUCGAGACGCCCGAGCAGGUGUUUGUCGUCAUGGAGAAACUUCACGGGGACAUGUUGGAGAUGAUUUUAUCCAGCGAGAAGAGCCGACUGCCCGAACGCCUCACCAAGUUCUUGGUCACACAGAUCCUGGUGGCCCUGAGACAUCUGCACUUCAAGAACAUUGUCCACUGUGAUCUGAAGCCUGAGAACGUUCUCCUGGCCUCAGCAGAACCCUUCCCUCAGGUGAAGCUCUGUGACUUUGGCUUUGCUCGUAUCAUCGGGGAGAAGUCGUUCCGUCGUUCGGUGGUCGGCACUCCGGCCUAUCUGGCGCCCGAGGUGCUUCGCAGCAAAGGCUACAAUCGAUCUCUGGACAUGUGGUCAGUCGGUGUCAUCAUCUACGUCAGUCUGAGCGGGACGUUUCCCUUCAACGAAGACGAGGACAUCAACGACCAGAUCCAAAACGCCGCCUUCAUGUACCCACCCAACCCCUGGAAGGAGAUCUCAGAGGAGGCCACAGACCUCAUUAAUAACCUGCUGCAGGUGAAGAUGAGGAAGCGCUACAGCGUGGACAAGUCACUGAGCCACCCGUGGCUGCAGGACUACCAGACCUGGCUGGACCUCAGGGAGUUCGAGACGCGGCGAGGCGAGCGCUACAUCACCCACGAGAGCGACGACGCCCGCUGGGAGGAGCACGCCGACGAGAGAGGCCUGCACUACCCCAAACACUUCAUCAUGUCGCCCAACUUGGACGACAUGGAGGAGGACCCCUAGGGACCCCCCGGAGGGUAGAUAUUUCACACAAAAGGAAGCAGCAACACCGGAGAGUCCCUCAGCGGUUGCGUCGGACGCUCUGGAGUCCAUGGAAACUGUCACCAUGGAAACCACAAGCUUUCCCUAAGAUGGUGGUGGAAUAACGUUUGUUCGUGUACGCCAGGACGCGGCGGUCAGGCAGCUGUGUGAGGACAUUGUGACAUGCUCACUGCAGCGAUAAUUCAGGUCCAGAGAACUUUAAUUUUAACACAUCUUACCUUAUUUUUUCUGUUUCACUGCAUUCUUCUAUAAGCCAUAACAAACACCCUGGAGGCCAAAAGCUGGAGGGAUUUUUUUAUUUUCCCAGAAUUCCACAUACAAUAAAUGUCUGCCAUGCCAGUCAAGCCACAGAAGGGCCAGCUAAAGACAAAUCGAGAGCCUUUAUAUACUUUUUCAGCUAAGAUAGCAUAUUUUUAUGACGCCGUUGUUACAUUUUAGAUCUCAUGAAUCUGUGUAGCGAUUAGGUAUUUUUCACAUUUGUUAAAGUUGUCCUAUGUGACGCUAACUGGAUGUCAGCAGAAACAAACAUGUUUAAUGUAUCGAUUAUGUUUUGAUUUUUCUUGAUGUUUUGUUUUAAUUUUUUUCGUUGUUCUUUGUUAAGAUGUCUUUGCACUAUUGGGAAACUCUUUUAAAAGGAGAAUUUCAAUGAUAAUAACUUUUUGUUUGUUCAUCUGCAAAAAUGGUUCAUCUUCUAAUGCUCAUUUCACACCAGAAAACAGAAUUAUUGGAUUAAUGAAAAAACUUUCCACUAUACGGGAAGUAAUUGUAAAGUUUUGAGGAAAGGUCAUGUUACCAAAAUCAAAAACUGUUCAUCCUCUGUACGGUGGCCUUUUUAGGACAUCUCAGACUCAGCUUGUCAGGCUCAGCUCUGCACAGAUUAAGCUUUCAUCGGUCAGAGCUGAAUGUUAAUGUUAUGCAACAGAAUAUUAACGUGUGUGUGGUUAACAUGCAUACAAAGUAUUGCAUACUAAAUGAAAACGUCCACUAUUUUUCAACCUGGGUUUUAGUUCUAGCUCACAACCUCAAUUGUAGCGAUUCAGGAAACAUUAACUAACCUUAGCAUGCGUACAUGCCAAAUGUCAAAAUGCAACACGGCAAGCAGCGUGAGCGUCCUAAAACGUUCCUUGUCUCCAAGUCCAACAUUGAAAGAAGCCUCCCAGAUUAGCUUUUUAUGCUAAUUGCAUAGGGAUUUACUUCCAAGACUAUUUUCCAGCAAAUGUAAUUAGCGCAGAAAUAGUAGCUAAUGUUAAAAUGCUCAAUGUUAGCCGCGUAAUGUAACAUUAAGCAUCUUAGCUUGUCCACAUGUCAAUAGUACCCUGUAAAAGUGGAGUUUAGCAUAUUUGCUAACAUUUAGCUUUUUUAUUUAACAUGCUUUUUGUAUGUUAGUAUUAGUCACUAGUUUCCGAGGUAUUUUUAAAUAUUUUACUUUUAAAUUGUAGAAUGAAGAAUCAGUUAUUAAGUUUUAUCCUCUGGGGACCGUGAAUGUCUGAAUCAAUGUCCGUUAAUCUCAUAACCAAAAAUACAGCUUUAAGACUCAUAAAACUCUAUUUAAGAGCAGACACCAGGUUGUGCCUGUAAUACUUUUGCAGAGAGACAAAUUAAGAGUUAUUGUCAGAGUGAUUCUUUCUGAACCUUUGGAUGAAGACGAGCUGAGAAUCGAGCUGCUAUUGUCUUUCUUUGGAAACCUGCCUGAGGAAAAAAACCGACUGAACUGUAGAGCGUUGUUGAUCUGAUCUGACUCCAGCCUGAGAAUUUAUUUCACACAUUUUAUAUUUUUGCAAGAAAUGUUGUGUCAUGUGGGUGACUUAAAAUAUUAAAGCUGAAUGGUUUACUUUGGG